GUUAACAGAUUGUUCACGCAAUAAAACACAUGUUAUAUCCACGAUAACAAAUGCCGCAUCCUUUGUCUUUCUUCCCAAUCGAGUGACGUGCCUGGCCUGCUAUAGUUUUUGGGCGUUUUAUGGAUCAAUUGGACGCUUUAUUGCCCGAGCAUGACGGGUGAUUCCAGUCUUAAAUGGUUCCUAAUCCCCGUCCUCCUGCUCGUAAUACUCUCAUCAACAAGGCUCAAGGCUCUCGAGGAAUGCACGAGUGAUUUAACUUGUCGCCAAGGUCGUACUCAUGAAGGUCUUAUCCGAUGCAUCAUGGGACAAUGCACUUGGCUCUCAAAGACCUCAGAGGAUGGCGACGGCGGCCACGACCAGGAUGAUGAUGAUGGUGAUGUUGAUCGGGAUGAUGAUGCAUCCCAGUCUCAAUUAGACUCACUUGGGACCAACCAAGGGGCCACUGCCGUGGAAAUGAUAAGGGACUUAUACUAUGAUCCCGCGCCAACGCACUCAAAACGAAGGAAAGGUGCUACGGAGAAUGAAGUCGAGAGUCAAGAGGAGCCCACUCCCAGCCAGACAACAGAGAGUAGUGGUAGUAGUAGUAGUAUCCAACAUGCCGUGCACUUCUAUGAAGGCAAAAGGAACAGACUAACUUUUCAGAGCCCGUCGAGAUCCGAGUCGAACACCUCGCAGAAGGUGCCAUUAUUUGAUGACUUUGGGUGCGACUGUGGUGAGUCUUCAAGGGUAACCAAGCGGCGCCAUCAUCUGCGAUUUCGUAUAGUUGGGGGCAAGAGUGCCAAGGGCGCUAUUGAAUGGGUGGCCUACAUACGGCUUGUCGAAGGGAGCGUGGCGGAUUUUUGCACGGGGUCCCUCAUUAACAGCAAAUAUGUUCUGUCGGCCGGACACUGCGCCUGCAUGCCCCAGAUUCACCCCGAUGCAUGCUCAACCAACGAAUCGGGCACCCUUACACUGAACUAUAACCCCACCGAGGUCGACAUCGAGGUGUUUCUAAACGUGGCGGAUCGUUCCAAAAUCCAAAGCCUGCGCAAUGGGAUCAAAGUGGUUGGGGUGAAGCUUCAUCCCCAAUAUGACUUGUCUUCUGAGAACCCCUCGUUUGAUCUGGCUCUCUUCAAGCUGGAACGAGCAGCCAAUGCUAACCCAAUUUGCUUGCCUCACACUGGGCACUUUGUAGAGCCUAAAAGUGCCACCGUGGCCGGUUGGGGGUUCCAGUACAAAGACUGUCAAACAGACUUCUGGGGCCCUGAGCGCUUUGCCACUUGUCACACUAAUUGGAAGUACAAGGGUCAAGUGUAUGCCCAAUGCGAAAAGACAGUGGAGCCACCCAAGCAUCUCUUGUGCGAAGAAUUCUACCAGGGAGUGUUCAAUUCCAAGAUCCAACCCGUGGGACCAGUGGUCCUCCGAGGUGAAAAGGGACAAAUCGAUUGUCCCCUCAAGAGACCACCGGGAGAGAGAUACCACGGAUGGUGUGCUGCCUGCAGCUUGGAACAACUAGUGGGAUCAUGGCUAAAAAGAGGCACGUGCAUUCCAGAGCCGGGUAGGAAAUGGGGCUUUUGUGGAAAAGUGUGCCGUGUCGAGACGUUGCCGUCUCGACUCCAAAAAUUAGACUUGACCAUCUUGGAGGAUCAGGAAUGCCUUUCCCUCACAAAUCUGAAUCCCACAAGUCUGACCAAGGUCAACAUCAAGGUGGAAAUGUGUGCAGGGAAGAAGAAUUAUUUACCCCACUUCCCGAUCUACCGGAGGAUGGUCAACGGUUCCAAGGUCACAUUUGAGCAAGAACUCCACGACGAGGAUGUUUUGUUCCAGACCCCUGAAUACAUAUUUGGGGGCAAAGAUUCUUGCUACGGAGACUCGGGUGGCCCUAUGUGGAUCAAGGCCAAGCGACGAGGUGAUCAAACGGUGAAGGUCAUUCAAAUUGGAGUGGUGGCUCGAGGCGAAGGUUGUGCCAAACGAGGAUCCCCAGGAGUGUACACCAGAGUCAAAAGUGUGAUAGAAUGGAUUCAAUAUGAAGCACAAGAUGGCCGAUGCGUAAACUAGGUUGAGUGGCUCCGGAUUGAAGACAUUCCCUCAUAAUAUUGCUCACGCUUAGUUAAACUGGCUCUGAGGGUUCAAGACUAACAGAGGCCAAUAUAUGAAAUUGAACAAAAGGAACGAAAAGGGAAAAAUAAUAAUCAUCAUGCCAUCCAUGCUAUUCAUCUCCUUGUCAAACCAUCCUUCACCAUGUUUCUUAUCGCCCUUCAUUUCUGGUCGAGCCAACAAGAUCGCGUUGGUUAAUAAAGAAAUCGAGUUCCGAGGUCCUGGCAACGGUUCCACCAAA